CCGCGUUCAAGUUUACUAAGUUCUGAGCAGGGCUGACUUGAUCUACCAAAAAAUUAACUUUGGACACACUUACUGUUUCUAGAUAGAGCUUACAACUUUCUAUACAUAUUAGCAUUGCAGUAUAUGUCAAAUAUGUGAAUGUAUAUUAUUUACAAAAUAAACGCUAUUUUGUUUGGAAUCAAAUUAUUAAAAAUAAAAAUAAAAUUAAAUAAAUAUUAAAAAUGGACGGAACUAAUUUAAGUAUUACAUACAGUUGGAAUGAUGAAAAUUACACUGUGAUCGACAGUAAAGAUGUUCAUAAUAAGAUACAAAAUGAUCCGUCGUUUGCAUUAAAUUUUUUUAAAUCUAUUAUCCCUACUCAAAGUCCAACAGAUGACAGAAAUGUGGAUCAAACAGCUGAUCCUAAUGAGGGAACAGCUUUGACAUUUACAAACUUUGAACAGGUUACGCAAGAUUUUCUGGACAAAGAGGUACAAAAUAAUCAAUCAAAUACAGUAGGAAAAAGGAAAAAUCGCAAUGAUUCACUGGACCGAGCUCUGGAAAAAAGUCAAUCGGAUGCAGUAGGAGAAAAAAUUACUCGUAAUGCAGAACGCCCUUGGAAUGAUCACAAAUCAAUCAAAUUAUUGCUGACGGAAUACGAAAAACGCGUCCACCUAUUUAGAAAUCCGAAAAUAAGAAACAAAGACUUGUGGAUUCAAAUUUGUGGGGUAUUUAAGGAGCAUGGUCUCACUGAUUACACUACCGAUGAUUUGAGUAAAAAGUUAACAAACAUGAAAGCAACAUAUGUUGAAAAAAAAAGGAAUAAUAAUCCUCGGCUAACCACAGGACGAGGUCGAAAACCGUGGCCUUGGUUUGAUGAGAUGGAUGAAAUAUUUAAAAACGAUGAGUCUGUAAACUUCUCUACCAGUACAUUCUCCAGUAUCAGUAAAGAAAAUAUAGAACCUAUUAAUUUGACAGUUUCAGACACACAUGUUGCUAAAAACAUGGUGAAAAAUUCAUCAAACGAGCAGUCGUCUGCCUCGACCUCAAAGUCAGGAUCUGAUUUUUCGAAUACGCCAAAAACUGGACCUGGAAAAGUAAAAAGCUCUUAUUAUCAACAAAAAAAAGCUUUUAUUGAUAUUGGACAUCAGCGCAAUAAUAUUAUGAAAGAUCAUGUGGACUGUUUAACAACGUCGCAAGAAUUAUACCGUGAAGGGCUAUUAACCUUAAAAGGCCUGACAACGGUGAUAGCAGAGAAAAACCGCAUUCUAAAGUCUUUUUUGGAUAAUCGUGAUAAAUAGACUUAUUUUUGUCUUCUUUUUGAAAAAUGUUUUUUUUUACAAAUUAUUCGUUAAUUAAAUUUGAAGUCGUUUUUAUAAUAUAAAAUUUCAGU